GGGGAAUGUUUUUUUUGUGUGUGUGUAGGAAGUUUCUAGCCGGACUGGUAACUUCAGCGCACAGCUCUCUUGCUUUGUUUUGUCUCAUGGAAGUCGAUUCCAAAUCAUCUUUAACAACUUGAUUUCCAGCAACUCUCGUUUUGUGCAGGCAUGUCUCAGGACAGCCAACACGGCAGAUGGGCCGUCUCCAGCAGUGACGAAGACAACGACGAGCUUCCUCUAUCGGGUACAACACCCAGACCCCCUCAAGCGGCUCCGUCCAGCCACAGCCCUCCCUCCGCCUCCAAAACCGAGUCUGUCGCGGCCCCGGCACCGGUCAAACCAGAACCGAGUCUCAGUCCGGAACCUUCCCUCGUCAUGGGCUCUCAGGCCAGACAGCAGGCCGCUCGGAACCAAUCGGAGUCGUCUGCCGCUGGGAAGAGGAAGGUGGCGGCGUCGGAUGGCUCGGGCUGGGCGCUGUCUGACAGCGAUGAAGAUAAUGACGACGACGAUGAUGAUGAUGAGGCGAAGAGUGUGAAGAAGCCCCCCAGCUCCAAACGCAAGAAAGCCAUGGUGGAGACGGAGCGCCCGCCCAGCCCCCACGGGCGCGUCUAUUACAUCGAUGAGCCCGACGACUUCUUCGAAGCCAGUGUUCCUCGUCUGGACGACACCUACAGGUUCUACCUGAACAAGGUGACGGGCCUGGACAGGAAGUACAACAGCGGAGCGCUGCACAUCAGAGACAUCCUCUCUCCAUUGUUUGGCACCUUGAAGGAAUCUGCUCAGUUUAAUUACUGCUUCGACGUGGGCUGGAUGGUGGAUCAGUAUCCUGCAGACUUCAGGGAUCGUCCCGUCCUCCUGGUCCACGGGGACAAGCGGGAGGCCAAGGCUCGGCUGGUGCAGCAGGCCAAGCCCUUCUCCCACGUGCGCCUGUGCCAGGCCAAGCUGGACAUCGCCUUCGGAACUCACCACACGAAGAUGAUGCUGCUGUGGUACCACGAGGGCCUCCGAGUCGUCAUCCUGACCUCCAACCUCAUCCGAGCAGACUGGUACCAGAAAACACAAGGGAUGUGGAUGAGUCCUCUGUUUCCACGGUUACCAAAAGGCAGCAACGACACCUGCGGCGACUCGCCCACCUUCUUCAAGAGAGACCUGCUGGACUACCUGGCCUCCUACCGGGCCCCCGAGCUGGAGGACUGGAUGCAGAGGAUCAGGGAGCACGACCUGUCCCAGGCCAGGGUGUACCUGGUGGGCUCCGCCCCCGGCAGGUACGUAGGAGCUGACAUGGAGCGCUGGGGCCACCUGAGGCUGAGGAAGCUUUUGUUCGAACACGCCGACCCCGUCCCCGGCGAGGACCGGUGGGCCGUGGUGGGUCAGUUCUCCAGCAUCGGCUCCAUGGGGCCCGACAGGAGCAAGUGGCUGGGGGGGGAGUUCCAGCGCACCCUCACCACUCUGGGCAAGUCGUCGCUGCGGCCCGACCCGCCUAUUCACUUGUUGUACCCGUCAGUGGAAGACGUGAGGACGAGUUUAGAAGGCUAUCCUGCCGGGGGUUCUCUUCCCUACAGCAUCCAGACCGCCCAGAAGCAACUUUGGCUUCACUCUUACUUCCACCGCUGGCAAGCGGACGCAACCGGGAGGACUCACGCCAUGCCGCACAUCAAGACGUACAUGAGGGUGUCACCGGACUUCACUCAGCUGGCCUGGUUCCUGGUCACCAGUGCCAACCUGUCCAAAGCGGCGUGGGGGGCUCUGGAGAAGAACAACACUCAGGUGAUGGUUCGAUCCUACGAGCUCGGAGUCCUCUACGUGCCCAAGGCUUUUAACAUGAAGACGUUCCCGGUGCAGAAAAGCCCGUUUCCUGUCUCGGCGUCUUCCUCUGGGUUCCCCGUGCCCUUUGACCUUCCGCCGACGCGCUACUCUGCUCAAGAUCAACCUUGGAUCUGGAACAUUCCAUACGGCCAGGCUCCUGACACACAUGGCAACGUCUGGGUUCCCUCCUAAAAUUAUUAAUAAUAAUAAAAACACACACAAA